GCAUUCAAGGCCACUGAACGACUAUCUGUGCACAUACAAGCACGUUUGUUGAAUACAAGCUAUCACUAAAUACGUUUUUCUUCUUUUUCUUACGACUACCUUAUAAGUUGUGUAUUAAGAUUUUUGUUAAGAUUCUGAAUGUGCUGGUUCUAUACAUUUCUGUUUUUAUGAAUCUACUGUUUUUUUUUAUUGAUGAUAUGUAUGCGUGGCAAAAAAAACCGAUGCUUGAAUUUCUCACUGGGAGAAUACGGAGAGCCAUGUGUUUCAUGGCCAGAAAGGGGCUUUAAGUAACCGCGAUUGACUGCAAUCUUCUGCCCCUACUUAUUACUGAGUUCAAGUUUGCUAAACAUUUCUUGAAUACACAAAAACUUUGUGCGUGUGCGAGGAUACGAACGAAGCUAUAUUAAUGAUUAGAAACAGACUAAGAACUGCGGUGAAACGCUUUUGUCAGUCGCAUCGGCGAAGACAUUGGAAAAUUCGCGACACUCGUUUCGCAAUAGGACAACAGCAUGGCAGAAACAGGUAUGUUACAAUGGGAGGAUUACCUGGUCAUAGCAGCUACACUGGUCAUAAGCAUAGGGAUCGGUAUUUACUAUCGCUUUAGUGGUGGACGUCAAAAAACUACGGAGGAAUAUUUCAGUGCUAGCAAAUCAAUGAGUGUUAUACCUGUAUCAAUAGCUCUUGUAGUGUCUUUUAUGUCUGCUAUCACAUUAUUAGGCGUUUCUGCUGAAAACUAUGUUUAUGGAACACAAUUUGUUGUGAUUAAUCUGUCGUACCUCAUAGGAACGCCUCUUGUAUGUUAUGGAUUUUUACCAGUAUUUUUUAAACUUCAAGCAACAAGCGCUUACGAGUAUUUAGAGAAGCGCUUUGGAAUAAGAGCUAGGAUGGUGGCUAGUUUCGUUUAUUGGAUUCAGUUACUUUUGUAUUCUGGUGUUGUACUUUAUGCACCUGCUUUAGCAUUGGAAGCUACAACAGGAAUUUCUAAAACUGGCAGUAUUAUUAUUAUUGGUUUAGUUUGUACCCUGUACUCAAGUAUAGGGGGCAUUAAAGCUGUCCUAAUAACGGACGUAUUUCAAGGAUUACUUAUGUUCGUUGCCGUCUUUAUUAUAAUCGCUACAGCUGCUAAGGAAGCUGGAGGAUUAGGAGAAAUUUGGCGAAUAGCGGAAGCUGGUCAUAGAAUUGAAUUUAACAGUAUUUCUGUAGAUCCUACAGUGCGACAUACUUGGUGGUCGCUUACCAUCGGAGGCUUAUGUACGUUUUUAUCAUUGUAUGGUGUGAAUCAAGUUCAAGUACAACGUAUGCUGACUGUGAAAGACGUAAAAGCAGCACAAAUGGCGCUCUGGCUGUCGUGGCCGAUUUUAACGUUACUUUCAAUGACUACGUGUUUCUCAGGGUUGGCAAUAUACAGUAAAUAUUACAAAUGCGAUCCUAUUAGUACGAAACGGAUAUCGUCAUCCGAUAUGUUGAUGCCAUUAUAUGUUAUGGAUACCAUGUCCGACAAACCUGGUUUGCCCGGUCUCUUCAUAGCAGGUAUUUUUAGUGCCGGGCUCAGCACUAUUUCCGCAGCUUUAAAUUCUUUAGCAGCGGUAACGUUAGAAGAUUAUAUGAAACCUGCCUAUAAAAAAUGUCGCGGUAGCGAAUUCUCUGCUACAACGUCAUUAGUCAUAGCUAAAUUGCUUGCAUUAGUGUUUGGCGUUAUUUCCAUUGCCUUGGCGUUUUUAGCACAACUGUUGGGCGGCAUUUUACAGGUCAGCUUGACAAUAUUUGGCAUAGUGGGUGGCCCGCUUUUGGGCCUUUUCACUCUUGGCAUGCUUACCGAAUCGGCAACGGAAAUCGGAUCCGUAACAAGUACCACCGCGUCUUUAGUGUUAUUGUUUUGGAUAGCUUUUGGACAACCCAGACCAAGUCCGCCAAUUUUGCCAUUACCUGAUGGUUGUGAUGGAAACGUGACUUUUUCUACUUCUACUUCACAACAGAUUACACAAUUUGCACAGAGUACAGGUGACUCGUCUUACUUUUACUUGUACCGGAUCUCAUACAUGUGGUACGGCCCACUUGGUUUUGUGCUAACGUUCGUUGUGGGGCUGACGCUCAGUUACUGCUUAAAGCUAUUAUUUAAAAAGCAAAAGGUUGAGCUGGAUCCCAACCUAUUUUUUCCUAUAAUAGGAAACCGUAUACGCCGUAGACACAAGCAAAGUUCAGAAAUAAAUGAGUGUGAAACACCAAGGGAUACCUCCACCCACAAGAAGUACAUUUUCUCUAUUAAUAAGUCUAGUAAUCUAGAAAACAGGGAUGGAACCUCAACUACGAAAGUAUAGUACAAUGCAUAGUAUUUAUUGAAUAGCAUUUUAUUUUAGACAUUAGACAUUCCGUACUUAAAAUUGAGGAAAGUAUACAUUCCGUACUUAAAAUUGAGGAAAGUAUAUAUUCCGUAUUUAAAAUUGAGGAAAGUAUACAUUCAAUUAUUUCGUUAAUCGUUGGGCCUAAAAGGGAAACUGUCGCGUUGAUUCUUUUAUGGGAAAAGUGGUAAGUUUAAAAAAAUAAUAAGAGAUUAAUUUAAUUAAAAUUUUUUCGUUAUUAAUUGUAGCCUCGAUUUUGUAAACAUGGAAAAUAACCUUUUGUUAUUGUAAAUUUUAGCUAAGUCGUUUUUCCUGAGUUUUAAUUUUAUUUAAAUGUGUCACUUUUAACACCGAUGCGUGUCAUUUUACUUACCAUUGUCGCAGAACUAGGUAAACGGAUAUCGAAAAAUUGAGUAUCGAUACUUUCAACUCGAUUGUGUUAGUCGUUUAUUACUUAGCGAACGUUUAGAGGUUUAGUUGCUAGCCAAAUGUCUUCCACGUAUUGUUCCUAAACUGCCAUUUUUGUAUAUUUUCUAUUUUUAAAUGAAAUUUAGCCAAAUGUUGCCACUCGGUGGUCAUGUUUGUAUGCGAUGUUACUUCUUUGAGCGUGAUACUUACAACACUUUUAUACUAAAUUAUUGUCCUGUUUCCAUAUAUUCAACAAACUAUUCAACGAAUUGUAUUUAAUUAUAGAUUCGCAGAACAGAUGAAUUUGAAUUGUUCUAUGGAAAAAUCUACAACUAUGACCUAAUUUAAUCAUUUAUCAGUAUUUCUCAUUAGAAUUCUGUUAUGAUUUUUAAAACGUUACGCACUGAAUGAGUGGUAUUUUUCAAAAUUAUUAUAUCAAGAUUAUAUCGAUAACAAAGUUUUCACUGGACAGGAUAUUAAUUUUAUUUAAGUAAGGAAGAAAGGGAUAGAGCGCCGUUUCAUAUAGAUAAGAAAAAUAUGAAAUUCUAUUUAAAGAAAAAGAUAAUGUUUCUAAAAAAAAAAGAUUUUGUGAUACAUAUGCAUAUCUAGCUUUUAACCGGGUCAAAAAAAGUUAUUUUUUAUUUGUAAUAUAUUUUUCAGUUAUUAUAUGAUAUUAUGUACAAUAUUCAUUCAAACUUUUACGA